AGAAGGUGGGUAAGUGUUUGUUAUCUAACAUCGAUGUUCGAAGAUACACAAGGAAUGUGCUUCUCUCGUUUUCUUUCAAAGGUUAGAGAAAUUGGAAAUAUUGGAGAUUUUCAUUGUUUCGUAGUUUUCACUAUUUGGAAUGAUGCAAUUAUUCAUUCUUUUCAUCUUCCUCAUCAACAGCGAGGCAAUCACCAUACCUGAACCUCCACUUCCCACACCUAUGUCAAGCGUGCAAAUUCAAUUGAGAUUCCGUCAAACAACGCCGUUUCCUUCACUGUGUGGGUAUUCAAAUGGUGAUGUUGAUAUUCCUCGGACAGCCGAACCCGGAUAUGAUUGUCGCGAAGAUACUAUUGAUAAUUUAUGGGGAUUUUGCCCAAACACUAUAGCUGACGCUACCAAUUGUGAUUUUGUUGGCUACUGUGUCGACGAUGAUACUUGCUCUACCGGUUGUGGAAGAUCUAGUCUGACACAAAUUCAUUGUGCAAACGCAAUGCCUUAUUGUUCAACAGCUUUAUUGGUUUCCGGAGAACAAACAUAUACAUAUCUCACAUGUGCGACAUCGCCAACUACCAACUUUUACCUGGCCAAUCCAACAAGCAAUUCUGUGUCUACAGUUUCGUCAGCUUCUGGAUCACAAGUACCAACAACGCAAUAUUAUUCUACAAUUGUUGUCGCAACUUCCUCAUCAGCUCCUAAUACUCAGUCAACCAGUGCGAAAGCUUCACCAAACAAUGUUGGAGCCAUAGUUGGAGGAGUUCUUGGAGGCCUUGCUCUUAUUUUCCUUAUUGUUAUUGCUCUGAUCUUCUUGAAAAAAUAUAAACCAUCGACUUUACUGAAAGACGAGAAAGAUAUCAAUGGGGAAUUAAUAGCUUUUACAGGACCUGUUGCCGACAAUAGCAGCAUACACGAACUUUAUGAUUAUAGAAAAGAGGCUAGGGAGCUUGAUUCUACCACCUCGGUAAAUAAAGGAAAUUCUGAUUUGAAGUCCGGAGUUCUGACUGGGAAUGAGACAACAAGAAGAAAUACUACUGCAGUUGAAUUGGAUAUAGCGCCUUGAUACAUUCAAAUGAAUCACACAUAUAUCAUCGG